AUGGAUGCAUCUACAAAGUGUGCUAGUAAUCUGACAUUGAUAAACGUUACAGAACAGGAAACGUUCAACACGACGUCAUCAAACGUUUCCGGAUGGAAGAUUCCGCCGGUCGGUCCCUUUGAAAACACGAGGGUGCUGCUCUGGAGGGUGAUCCCGCCGAUUCUUAUUACCAUUGGAACGAUAGGGAACGCUAUGACUAUUUUCGUGCUGCUUCGUCAGAAGAAGAUGACGUCAACGGCGGUAUUCUUGUGUGCCCUGGCGCUUUCAGAUACACUUAUCUUGUUCAGCGCACCCAUGCCAAGGUGGGUGUUAGAAAUCUGGGGCGUUGACCUCUGGGGGAUAAGUAACCUAGGGUGUAAAACGAUACCCUACCUUGCCUACUCCAGCUUCCAGAUCUCUUCGUGGCUGAUCGUGGCUGUAACGCUGGAGAGAACAGCGUGUGUGCUGUUCCCGCAUAAAGUGAGACUAGGCUGUUCCCCACGAAAUGCUGGGUUGAUCAUCGCCAUCAUUGUGCAAGCCGUGUUCGGAAUUAAUAUAAUAAUAUUGGUGAUAUUUGAUGUGAAUGGAUACAAGGGGAUUUGCUAUCCGUCCACGAAGGGAUAUCAAGAUCUAUUUGACAACGUUUACAGAUGGAUCGACAUCACGUUAAGGUUCGGAGCGCCGUAUCCGCUGCUACUCAUUGGCAACGUCAUCAUCGUCGUGGAGCUCGCGCGUUCCCGUUCAAGACGUCAGCGGAUGAAUACAUCCGGUCAGGCGCGCGACACGCGUCCAGUGUCGCUGCUACUGAUUGGCCUGAGCGUGGCGUUCCUCGUCACGAUCACACCGAGGUCUGUUUGUGUGGUGUACUCCAGCUACCAGAGAGAGAAGAGCAAGGCGCUCGCGUCAGUGGAUCCUUACACGGCCUGGUACGACGCCCAGUACAUUUAUUUCCUAUGCGAAGUUGCCAUUCUGGUCAGAUUCUUCAACGCCACCUUCAACUUUGCCAUCUACGUGUUCAGCGGCUCGAAGUUCCGCGCAGAGCUGAGGAGCGUGCUUUGCUGUAAGGCAACACAAGGCACACGCCUGUUUGAGAGCUAG